AUGGCAUCGGCAUACAUAAGGAAUCGAUGCUUUAACGAUAGGCUGGGUAAGACCCCUUAUGAAGCUCUAACUGGUUUAAAGCCCAAUUUAAGUAACAUGCGUGUUUUUGGUGUGGUAUGCUAUGCUUAUGUACAAAAUGCUAAGAAGCUGGAACCCAGGAGUAAGGAAGGAAUUUUUGUGGGAUAUGACAAAAAGAGCCCGGCUUACUUAGUAUAUUAUCCUGAAAGCAGGAGGGUUGAGCGGGUUAGGUGUGUCAAGUUCUUUGAUUCUUUAAGCCAUGAGAACGAGGUCCUUUCAACCAAUGAAGAGGUUGAAACUGUGCCUAGUGUAUUGCCUAAUGUAGGGCAAAACUCCAAUGUGAAUGAAGCAGAGAACGCGGCCUUGGCAGAGGUACAAGAGGGUACAACAAGGUACCCUACUAGAGCUCGAAACAAACCCUCUUAUCUAAGUGAAUAUGUUGUUGGAAGUGUUGUUGACAAUAGUAUAAACCAUGCUGUAGAUUAUUGUUUUAGAAUGACUGAUGUUCCAAUCUCCUAUUCAGAAGCGGUGAGCUCCCCAGAGGCGGCAAAUUGGAAAAGGGCUAUGGAUGAGGAGGUGGACUCAUUAGUAGGUAAUGAAACUUUUACACUUGUCCCACCCCCACAGGACCGUGAGAUAGUGGGGGGGGGAAAUGGGUCUACACAGUUAAGACCGGCCCCAACAAUGAGGAAACCUAUAAGGCUAGGUAUGUAG